AUGGACCAUACUGGUCCAUACUGGUUUAUACUGAUCUAUAUUGGUUUAUACUGGUGUGUACUGGUCCAUACCAGUCCAUACUGGUUUACACUGGUCCGUACUGGUCCCCUGCAGGACCUGGGUGUGGCACAGCCCGGCUCCUCCUCGGUGCCGGACCUGGGCGCGGUGCAGCCCGGCUCCUCGUCGGUGCCAUGGACCAUACUGGACCUGGGCGCGGCGCAGCCCGGCUCCUCGUCGGCGCCAUGGACCAUACUGGACCUGGGCGCGGCGCAGCCCGGCUCCUCGUCGGUGCCAUGGACCAUACUGGACCUGGGCGCGGCGCAGCCCGGCUCCUCGUCGGCGCCCGUGGCCAUCAGCGCGCACCAGAGCGAGGUGGGCUGCGCGGCGCUGAGCGCGCCCGGGACGCUGCUGGCGUCGGCCUCGCGCCGCGGGACCCUGAUCCGCCUCUUCUGCACCCAGAGCCGCGCGCGGCUGCUGGAGCUGCGCCGCGGCACCGACCCCGCCACGCUCUACUGCCUGGCCUUCAGCCCCGACUGCUCCUUCCUGUGCGCGGCCAGCGACAAAGGCACCGGCCACGUCUUCGCCCUGCGGGACACGCGGCUCAACCGGCGCUCGGCGCUGGCGCGGGUGGGGAAGGUGGGGCCGGUGCUGGGCCCCUACGUGGAGUCCCAGUGGUCCCUGGCCAGCUUCGCCAUCCCGGCCGAGGCGCCCGGGGUCUGCGCCUUCGGCAGGGCCGGCCGCAGCCCCAGCUCCGUCAUCGGUGAGCGCCCCCAAAAUAUCCCAAAUGUACCCUAAAAUGUACUGGAGGGUGCCCCCGAAAUAUCCCAAACGUACCCCAAAAUAUCCCUGAGAGAGCCCCGAAAUAUCCCAAACAUACCCCAAAAUAUCCCUGAGAGAGCCCCGAAAUAUCCCAAAUGUACCCUAAAAAACCCCUGAGAGAUCCCCUAAGAUAUCCCUGAGAGAGCCCCCAGAGUAUCCCAAACGUACCCUAAAAUGUACCGGAGGGUGCCCCCAAAAUAUCCCAAACAUAC